AUGGCAGCAGCAGCAACAAGGCUCGUCGUUGCAGGCGGAAGCGGCUUUCUAGGGUCUAGAAUCUGUCAAUCUGCCGUUACUCGAGGGUGGGAUGUCGUUUCCUUGAGUCGACAUGGAGAACCUACGUGGGAUGCGAUCACAUCAUCUUCCCAGGCACCGCGCUGGGCGAAGUCUGUCAACUGGGCCAAGGCUGAUAUGUUGGACCCAGCAACGUACUCGUCGCACCUCAAAAACGCUACAGCCGUUGUAUACUCAAUGGGAAUUCUCUUAGAAGUAGAUUAUAAAGGUAUCCUACAGGGAAAAGAGUCGGUAACUAGUGGAAUACAAAAAAUGCUCUGCUCAUCAUCGCUGGAAAAUGGAAAACGGAAUAAUCCACCACAACAAAGUUAUGCGGUUAUGAAUAGAGAUUUAGCGGUAACCCUGGCAAAACAUUCAUCGGAAGAGAAGGUCCCGACGUUCGUGUAUAUUUCCGCUGAAUCCGGCCAACCUAUUCUACCUUCGGGCUACAUCGGUUCCAAGAGACAAGCCGAAUCUUUGAUCUCAAUAGAUUUCCCCGAGACACGGAGUAUUUUCAUGCGGCCGACAUUCUUGUACGAUUCUUCGAGAAAACUAACAAUGCCCAUUGCAUUAGGCGGAAUAAUCGGAUCCGAGGUCAACAAUAUGUUGGGUGGCAGAUUAUCUUUUUUGGGCCCGAUGAUGGCAAAACCAUUGAAGGUCGGUACGGUUGGCGAAGCGGUUGUUGAGGCCAUUUCAGAUGGGGUGACCAAGGGUGUGGUAAGUCCCAGAAAGAUCGAGGAUUUGGCAACGAAGGGCUGGAGGAGAACGAUGCUUUGA